GGAGUUCGCCGGGCUGCGCGGUGCGCGAUGUGGAGUCGCCGCCUCGGCGCCUGCAGCAGCCGCCGCCACCGCCGCUGCUGCUGGGGCUGCCGCCGAGCCGAGGGACAUGGAGCGCGGCUGCAGAGAGCGGCCGCCGGCAGCAGCAGCAGCAGCAAGCGUCGCAGCGACAGCGAGGCGCAUCCCGCCCCGUGAGGCGCUGCCCGGCCGGCGGCGGCAGCGGCAGCAGCAGCAACAGGGCGGCUGAAAACCCGGCGGCGGCGGCGGCGGCCCUCCCCGCAAUCUCCCCUCCCGCUUCGCGGCCCCUCAGUCUUCCCUUCCUGAGCCUUCCCUUUGCCGCCCCCCCUUCUCCCCAGCGCGCGCUGAGCAGCUGAGCCCGGGGGCGGGGGAGGGGGCGCGUGCCGCCGACGCGGGGGAGGGGCGGGCAGGCGCGCGCCGCGCCCAGGGCUCGCGGGGACCCGGGGGACGCGUGCCGCGGCGCGAGGCGCGGGGCGGCGCGGCGGGGCCCCUCCCCCCUGCAGCCUGGCGCGCGCCGGCCGGGCCGCACCGCUGCGGGCUCCGCGCGCGCGGGCCAUGUCCGCCUUCUGCCUGGGCUUGGCCGGCCGCACUUCAGCACCCGCCGAGCCGGACAGCGCCUGCUGCAUGGAGCUGCCAGCCGCGGCCGCGGACGCAGUCGGGAGUCCCGCCGCCGCCGCCCUUGUCUCCUUCCCCGGGAGUCCCGGGGAGCUGGAACUGGCGUUAGAGGAGGAGCUAGCGCUGCUGGCGGCCGGGGAACGGCCGUCCGACCCCGGGGAGCAUCCUUCGGCCGAGCCCGAGUCUCCGGCCGAGGGGGCCGGACUGCAACCGCCGCCUGCCCAGGACAGGGAGCUGCUGUCGGUGAUCCGGCAGAAGGAGAAGGAUCUGGUGUUGGCCGCCCGGCUGGGCAAGGCGCUGCUCGAGAGGAACCAGGACAUGAGCCGGCAGUACGAACAGAUGCACAAGGAGCUGACAGACAAACUGGAGCACUUAGAACAAGAGAAACAUGAACUAAGAAGACGAUUUGAGAAUCGAGAAGGAGAGUGGGAAGGACGUGUGUCAGAGCUGGAGAGUGAUGUGAAACAGCUUCAGGAUGAGUUGGAGAGGCAGCAAGUUCAUCUACGAGAGGCAGAUCGAGAAAAAACACGCGCUGUCCAGGAAUUAUCAGAACAGAACCAAAGGUUAUUGGAUCAGCUCAGCAGGGCCUCAGAAGUUGAGAGGCAACUCUCCAUGCAAGUGCACGCCCUCCGAGAAGACUUCCGGGAGAAAAACUCAUCCACCACCCAGCACAUCAUCCGUCUGGAAAGCCUGCAGGCCGAGAUCAAAAUGCUGUCGGAUCGGAAACGGGAGCUGGAGCAUCGUCUCAGCGCCACCUUAGAGGAGAAUGACCUGCUCCAAGGGACCGUGGAGGAGCUACAGGACCGGGUGCUGAUCCUGGAGAGACAGGGCCACGACAAAGACCUACAGCUGCACCAAAGCCAACUGGAGCUCCAGGAGGUGCGGCUCUCCUACCGACAGCUACAGGUGAAGGUGGAAGAGCUCACCGAGGAGAGGAGUCUGCAGAGUUGUGCCGCCACCAGCACGUCCCUCCUGUCUGAGAUCGAGCAGAGCAUGGAAGCGGAAGAGCUGGAGCAAGAGAGAGAGCAGCUGAGACUGCAGCUCUGGGAAGCCUACUGCCAGGUUCGCUAUCUCUGCUCACACCUUCGAGGAAACGACAGUGCUGACUCGGCUGUCUCCACGGACUCCUCGAUGGACGAGUCUUCAGAAACCUCGUCUGCCAAGGAUGUGCCAGCCGGCAGCUUGCGCACUGCCCUCAAUGAGCUCAAGAGACUGAUACAGAGCAUUGUGGAUGGCAUGGAUCCCACGAGCUCUCGGAGAAUUGACGAUGACUCCUUAGAAGAGCAGAUAAGGCAGACCAGUGAGGAUUCAAGAGCCCUAAGGGAACUCAUGGAGGGAGAGAGGGGUAAACUGAGGCAAAGCCUAGAAGAGCUGCAGCGACUCCACAGUCAGGUGACACUGCUGAGUGUGGAGAUGACGGCACUGAAGGAGGAAAGAGACCGACUCAGAGUGACAUCUGAGGACAAGGAACCGAAGGAGCAGCUUCAGAAGGCCAUCCGAGACCGGGAUGAGGCCAUUGCAAAGAAGAAUGCUGUGGAGCUGGAACUCGCCAAGUGCAAGGUGGACAUGAUGUCUCUGAACAGCCAGCUGCUGGAUGCUAUUCAGCAGAAACUGAACCUCUCUCAGCAGCUGGAGGCUUGGCAGGACGACAUGCACAGGGUCAUCGACCGGCAGCUGAUGGACACGCACCUGAAGGAACGCAGCCGGCCUGCUGCUGCCGUCUCCAGGGCCCACGGCGCCGGGCGCGGGGAUGAGCCCAGCUCCGCGGAAGGCAGACGGCUCUUCUCCUUCUUCAGGAGAAUUUAAGCGGGGAGGAGUCAGGCCAGCAAGGAUGGGUGGACUGGAGGCGACUGAAGGGGUGCGGGUGAGAGCCCAGUGUACAGUGUUUGCAUGCAAGGGCCCCCCUGGGCCGAGCUCAGUGGCUGCACUGCCCACCCGCACUGGGGCCAAGUCGUCCCUCCACACGGGGAUAGGCAGGGCCCGUCCCCACUGCUCGGCCACGCCCUGCCCACGCUUCCCCAGGAUCCGCUGUUGUUGAGCAGAGCUCAGGCUGCCUCUGGAGUGGCCCAUCCCUCGGGCUCCCCGUGCCAUCCCAGGCGCCGCUGCCCUCCUGUGGUGGAAUUUGGGGGACAGGAGAAACGGAGGCCCUUUCUGCAUGCCUCGGGGGGCUGUUGUUGCCGCCCGCUGUCCGGAGCCUUGGGGGCCUAGUCCUGCAGGGCACCCAGCCCAGGCCUGAGCCUCCAUCUCUCCAUCCCUCCCCAGCCCCUGGCCAGGGAGUAAGGGGAGGUGGCCCCUCACCCAUGUGCAUGCACCUCUGCCAGGAGCACGUCUGGGCAGAGACCCAGCCUACGCGGCCUGAUGGCUGGGGCUGCUCCAAAGUGCUCAGCCACAGUGGGGUCCGGCGGCCGGGCUGGGCCCAGAGGAGGAAGGGCCUGCCCCUGGCUGCCACUGCUCUCCCUCCCGGCCUCCGCCAGGCCUUCUGCAGGCAUCAGUGCGCCAGCCCUUUCCCCUUUGUGGGGCCAGAGCUGCGAGGGGUCUCAUCCUCCUCCCACAGCACCCCCUGCUCUCACACACACACUUGCUUGGUUCAGCCCAGCAAGUCCACGCCAUAGAAUGGCCCCAGCGGGGUCUGCGGUCAGCCACCUCCACCUCAAGGGCAGCGUUGUCACACGGGGUGGAUGCCUGCAGAUACUGCCCACCAGGCCUGCAAGAAGGAUGAGUCCUGCAACUGCUGCUUCUGCUGCUUCCUCAGCAGCCACUCCACCUUCUCUGCUGAGGCCCUCCCUCAGAGGCGCCCGGGCUGAGCCAGCCACAGGCUGCUGCCCAAGGGUCAUCUUCCUUCCUCAGCUGGGAAAGCACAGCAGGGAUGAGCAGAAAGAAUGUGCCUGUAGAUAUGUACAUACCACAGUGCUGUAAUUUUGUAUGUAGCAAUCAUGUAAAUACAUGUAUGGAUUUUAUAAUAUACAUAUUAUAUAAAUCUAUAAAGGCAUAUUUUUAGAAAAACAGCGCACCACUGCUUCUUUUGAAAAUAGUCUAAGAAUAAAAAGAAUUUCUACAGAACUUCCCGCCUCGGUCCUUGGGUACCUGUAGGGGUGGUUUGGUCGGAACGCAGCUUACCUUUCAGAACCGCCACUGGCUGGCAUGAAGACGCAGCAGUAGUGAGCCGCCCCACACACCUGGAAGGGCACCUCAUACAUACCCUGCGACCCAACCCACAGAUUCUGCCAGGAAGGGGCCCCCCCUCUGGAGGCCGGAGACGUCCUGUCAGUGACAGCUGUUUUGGGAGCACUGGCCAAAGGCGCCGCCUCCCAUGCCCACCCUGGCCUGGGCUCCCUGCCAGUGGUGCAGUUACCAGCCACAGGCAGGCCCUCGCGGCACUGCUUCCCAGGCCUUGAGCAGGCCCUGCAGCUUGGCAGAAACUUCAAGCCAGAAAGAAAUCACUGUAGGCAAAGCUUCCACUGCAUCCUUCCGGGCACGCAGAGAAUAAACACAGCGCUUCCCCUGGCAUCUUACCACGUGUGCUCCCAGCCUAUACGUCAGACUGGAGAAGCUCAACCUGGACCAGCCCUUCAUGGAGAAAAUGAACUUGGCUUCUACAAGUGACCCUGGGCCUCGAGU